AUGAUAAACGUUGUUAGUGUAAGCUGUGGGCAACAUCAAACUUCGAAAAUGAGUUUUGUGGAUCUUGCAACGCUGACUUUGCAUCGGCGAAAUGAACUGGAGGCUAGAUUAAACAUAUUUUACGAAAAAUGUGAUCGCGCCGUUGACGACAUAAAAAAGUUGCAAAAGAAGACCCAAGGCUUUGUCCUGCAGCUAAAUUGUGAGCCAUCGGAACUCAAGGAGCGCUUCCUCUCCUGCAUGAAGCAACUUGACGAAUAUAUGUACUUGAUUACUGACUUUAACCUCGCUAUAUCUAAGAUUGAUGAAACUGGACAAAUCGAAUAUACGCCAGUUCAUGACACACCCGUUCCUAUGCUACCGUCGAUAGUCCCGGAGCCGUUCAACCUAAUAGACGCUCUCAGCGAACCAGCACCGUCAACAUCUACCGCCUGUCCCAACCACUGCCCCCCGGAGAAGCCUAAAAGAGUGAAGCUUCCGAAACAAGACCAGUCUUUGAUUAUUUUCUCUAGUACAAGCUCUUCAGAGGAAACGGUGCCGCAAGUAAAGAGUGAAGUAGCUGCAAAAGAGGUGCAAUGUGAAUUGGGAGAAGAACUUAGGCGUACCAAAAUUGAAGAUUCACCUGCGCCCUUGUCCGGGGAGGGCAGCAAUCUGCCAGCUCAGUCAGUUCUGGAGACUGACCAGGCAUAUUUAGCUACCAUUAUGCAUAUCGACGGAGCAUUUUUCUGGGUCAUCACCGAUGAUCCUCAAGAAGUGCAAAACCUAAUGAUGGAUAUGACAAAGUUCUACACUGAGAACCAUAGGCCAAUUAGUUCAAAAGAGGUGAAGACACUAACGUGCUGCGCCUUCUACGACGAAGAAAGUGAAUGUUUUUAUAGAGGACUGUUCCUAAAACUGAGUGAGGGUGACGGUACCAUGGCGGAGAUGUACGUAGUAGAUACGGGCGAGAUGCGCUCUGCACCUAUAGAUUGCGUACAACCGCUGUAUCCACGCUUCUGUGUGAAACCGCCCUAUGCUCGCUGUUGCCAUCUAGCAGGGGUGGAUCCAAUGAGCUACCACAACAAAGACCUUAUGGAGAAACAAGAAGAAUUUAUGAGACGAUUCGUGGGCACGCAAUGUACGAUUGAAAUCGAUGACAAUACUUCGGAAUCGUUGGGUGUGUAUGUAGUACUUCAAUCCGGUGAGACACUCAACAAUAUAAUUGUGGAGCAAAAAUUAGUUCUACCUAUUGACAAGCUGUCGGAGUCCCACAGUCCAGAGCCGCAACACGCUCGCGGAAGGUGCGCCCCGCCCCCUCCGUACGACAGCGAUCAUGAACAGUGUCCCGAGUAUGACGACCCCGUAGAAGCAGUCACGGGAUACAGAAGCCGUGAUGAGGCAGACAUCUGCAAACACUACAAAGGAGGCCCAGAGAAGACAUGUUUCAAAGGGACCCGUUGCACCAAGAAACACAUUCUUAAGCAUCCUGAUGGCUGGACACUGGAUCGUGUCGAAGUAGUCGGGAAGUGCAAGUCGGUACCGUUACCAGCGCCCGGCACUUGGCACAAAGUUUUAGUCACUUAUGUGUGCCACUUCGAUCGGGUCUACGUACAUAUGAUAAAGGAAAAAGAAAAAGAAGAUCCGCCACCACGUUUCGGAUUAGUUUUGCCGCCUGCGUCGCUGACCGCGCUUGUACAAGACAUGAACAGUGCCGCGGCCCGAGUCGCCUACAAACCACUUACGAUAACACCAGCAUUGGGAGAGUUGGUUGCAGCCGUAUACCCACCGGACGGUAACUGGUAUCGAGCCAGGGUUAUGACUGUCACAAGAGCUGACCAGAGCGUUGAGGUGAUGUACGUGGACUACGGCACGGUGCUGUGGGUGAAGGAGGACCAGCUGCGCGCGCUGGAGCCGCGCCACGCGGCGCUGCCGGCGCAGGCCGUGCGCUGCGUGCUGGCCGGCGUGGCCGCGCGCUCGCGACACUCGCAGCAGUGGGCGCAGGCCAAGCGCUCGCUCGCCGACCUCGUGCAGGACAAGACCCUCGACGCGCACGUCGUUGGCCGCGAUUACGACGAGAUAUCAGUAGAGUUGUAUGAUGAUGACGGCUACAGUAUAGCGGAGCAGCUGGCAGCUAUUAAGAUGGUGGAACUUGUAGAGUAUAGCGUGGUGGACGAUACCUCCGUCACGCAGAAGGUCGUGGUACCUUAA